CCCCUCUGGAGAAAAAAGUCGGAGCAGUUUCCUUCUUCCGGCGCGGCGGCGGCAGCCCCUGCCAGACUGCCAGUAAAUUUCCUUCCUCCGCGUUCACACUCCAUCAACGCGCGAGCAUUCCCUUCGCCCCAAUCGCCGAACGCGCAUCCCGAGUCCUCCCUGGUGUCCGGAUGCGGCCGCGAACCCAAACCCUACAGCGAGGCGUCGCCAGUGAACCGGCGGCCAUGUCGAUGGACUCGGAAAGCUCGUCGCAUAGCGGUGCCGACCACAGGAGCUUCCGCCAGAUCACCCGAGACCGUUUGCUAAUUGAAAUGCUGAGAUCGACUCGGAAGAGCUCAAAUUCAACAUGGAAGGUUCUUAUCAUGGACAAACUUACAGUCAAGAUAAUGUCAUUUUCAUGCAAGAUGGCAGAUAUCACAGAAGAAAGGGUUUCAUGAGAGGGAAGGAGAAGAUCUAGAUUCUUGACAAAGGAGAGGAGUGCAGGCUCACCACGGCCACCAAGAUCAAGCAAGGAACUGCGGAUAAAGGGAUGACUUGGUCUGCUUUUCGCAGGUGAUGGAGCGAAGAAAAGAGAGAUCAGAUGUGGUUUCAUGUGGUUGAGGACCUAUACAAACAAAGGCAGCCAUUGCCUUCAAUGGAUGCAAUUUACUUCAUGCAGCCUACUAAGGAAAACAUUCGUAUAUUCAUGUCCGACAUGUCGGGGAAAAAUCCAUUGUACAAGAAAGCUUAUGUGUUUUUCAGUUCUCCUAUACAGGGGGACUUGUUGGCUCAUAUAAAAAAAGAGUCAACUGUUCUGACACGCAUCAGUGCACUAAGUGAGAUGAACCUGGAAUACUUUGCUAUUGAUAGUCAGGGCUUUGUAACUGACCAUGACAAGGCCCUAGCAGAGUUGUUUACUGAGGAUGCGGAAUGCUCACACAAGUACAAUGCAUGUCUUAACACAAUGGGCACACGAAUUGCUACAGUGUUUGCAUCAAUGAGGGAAUUUCCUCGUGUGCACUACCGUGUGGCCAGGACAAUUGAUGCAUCUACCCUGACAACACUACGAGAUUUGGUCCCGACAAAGCUUGCUGCUUCUGUGUGGAAUUGCCUUGCCAGAUAUAAGUCAACAAUACCUGAAUUUCCACAAACAGAAACAUGUGAGCUACUCAUUGUAGACCGAUCGAUAGAUCAGAUUGCACCAAUUAUUCAUGAGUGGACCUAUGAUGCUAUGUGCCAUGAUCUACUGUGUAUGGAUGGCAACAAGUAUGUGCAAGAGGUUCCAAGUAAGAAUGAUUCAGCAAAUGAGCAAAAGGAGGUUUUGUUGGAGGACCAUGAUCCAGUAUGGCUUGAGCUUCGGCAUGCGCAUAUAGCUGAUGUUAAUGAAAGGUUGCAUGAAAAGAUGACCAAGUUUAUAUCAAAGAACGAAGCAGCUCAACUACAGCAGACGAGAUCUGGUGUAGAGUUAUCUACCAAACAGUUGCAGAAAAUGGUUCAAGCUCUUCCACAGUACAGUGAUGAAAUUGACAAGCUCACUCUUCAUGUUGAGGUUGCAGGAAAGCUCAAUAACAUAAUCAAAGAACAACAUCUUAAAGACGUUGGGCAGCUUGAGCAAGAUCUUGUGUUUGGUGAUGCUGGGACAAAAGAACUAAUCAAUUUCUUACGAACACGCUUGGAUGUAAAUCGUGAAAAUAAGUUGCGUUUGCUAAUGAUUUAUGCUUCAAUCAACCCAAAGAAGUUUGGAAGUGAGAAAGGUGCAAAGCUGAUGCAGCUUGCAGGAUUAUCUGCUGAUGACAUUAUUGCGGUAAAUAAUAUGCAUUGCUUACAUGGACCUGAUACUAAAAAGUCUUCAGUUGGCAGCUUUACAUUGAAAUUUGAUCUUCAUAAGGAAAAGCCUGGUAUCAGAAAGGAGCGGAUUGGGGAAGAGUCAACAUGGAUGCUAUCCCGAUUUUAUCCCAUCCUGGAGAACUUGAUCGAAAAACUUAGUAAGGGUGAGCUACCGAAAGAUGAGUACCACUGCAUGAAUGACCCUAGUCCUAGUUUCCGUGGAAUUCCAGGCAGCACAUCUGCUCAAACUAGCCCAGCUAAUCAGCCAGCUCAAUCAAUGAGAUCUAGGCGAAUAGGUGGCACAUGGGCUAGACAUCGGAACUCUGAUGAUGGUUAUUCAAGUGACUCUGUGCUGAAGCAUGCAUCAAGCGACUUCAGGAAGUUGGGCCAACGCUUAUUUAUCUUUGUGAUUGGGGGUGCUACUCGGUCUGAGUUACGUGCUGCCCACAAGUUGUCAGGCAAACUGAAGAGAGAAAUCAUCCUUGGCUCUUCUAGUCUUGAUGAUCCACUACAGUUCAUUACUAAAUUAAAGAUGUUCUCAAUUGAAGAACUAUCGCUGGAUGAUUUGCAAAUAUAACGAUACCAAAGGACUAUUGGCUGUGACAUCCUCUACUGUUAUACUCACUUAACCUUGUACCAAACCACAGGCUCACACAGGUGAGAGGGGCGUGAUAUUCAUUCGCUAGGGCAGACCUCCAUCAGUUGCUCACAAUCUUAUGUACAUACAUAACAGCAGCCCGCAACUGUAAUAUAUAUAUCUGGUAACUUCUAUAGAUUGGUUACAUCAGUAGAUGA